AUGAGCGAUACAGCAACCGCAAUAUUUCACGAAUAUGUGAACAAGGAAGAAGUUCCGGUCGUGCCUACAAAGGGUCCAUCUUCUUCGUGUGUAAUCACGGAAACGACCACAUCCACGUCGUGCACGACUGCGCCUAUAACGGGAACAGUUGUCGAUGUAAACGAGUCAAAGAAAUCCGAGGAGAAUGUGGGAACCCCAGACUUAAUAGAAGACUUCUUCGGGCUGCAGAGUGUACAAGCGAGCACUGGCUCAAUCUCGCAGUGUAUUCCGAAACAGGCUAACGGGAAGCAGUACAUUUUGAAAUCGCCGGGAGAAUGUGGUCACACUGUCAUAAAACUAGAAACCUAUCCAUUCGGAAAAAUAUGCGGCUUAGACAAGAAAAAUUGGUGGAAACACGCGGAAACGAAAAUGUUGUUCUUGACGACUUCCAAUGUAGAUCCGGUGCAGAUGCAGUUGAACAAACUACAGAACAUGGUGAUGAAAGAAGUUACAAAAAUAAAAGGAAUAACAAAGGAAGUAAAGGAGAUCAAUUACUGGAACUCUUUUGGCGGUUUCCAACAUCGCCAA